AUGACGUCCUCGAGGUCUUCUCCUGUUCCCACCGUGAUCGACCUUGCUGCAGCCGCCAUUGCAGAGGCCAGUCUAGAGGGUGAUGAUGAAGAUUCGGACUUCCAUGGCCAACUUGCCGAGAACCAACGCAGAGUCAUCGAAUCGGUACUCCUAGACCCCGUCACGAUCACAUUCGAUGACCUAGCAGAACGUCUUCGUAGUCACGGCACGCCGCUACCAGCAUAUUUCUAUAGGACGUUCUAUGAGACCUCGGCGACAUUGAGUAAAUACGUGCCUGUCGAUAUGCAUACGAAGCAUCGCACCGAUGACAAGCUCAAGAUGGAGGCGGGGAUGGCGUUCCAGCCUGUAGCGAAGUUCAACGUCCACGGUUAUCUGCACAGGGAAGGCAUCGAACGACAACUGGUAUGGAACCAGAAGAAGGAUCCGUCUGCCUUCAUAUCUGUUUUCAACGAGCUUUGUCAUGCCAAGAGAAGGGCUGGGUUUCAUCACGACGAGAGUCAGCGCAUCGGUCAACGUGUCAGCAUCGCCCGCAUCAGCUCAGAAGGAUUGGAACCAGUAACAGUCCACGCCCAGGUUGAGUCCAAGAUCUGCAUCUACACAAAAGAGGUGGGCCAUGCCGAAGUCAAGAAGUGGAAGAAGGUCUGGCGAGAUGUCGAUAUCCCUGCGUGGGUCCACAAGAAAGCACGAGAGAAGUAUGGCAACACCAUCGACCCGGAGCAGUUGACGGAAUCUGGCGCCGACAUGUGGGUAUCCAUUACAGAAAUCCGCCUCUCCAAUCUGAAGAACAGCGGACCAUCUGGCAGCAUCAAGCGCGACUCCAUUUGCGCGAAGGGUCAUGACUACGAGUGGCUGUCUUGCGGGUCCAUUUCCGAUGACAGGAUCUUGAAUGUCUGGCCUUGGGAUGGCAGGAAACUGCACACCCGUGACCCCGGUCGUCCGAUCCGAAGUGUCGCCAACAGCGGGCAGCCCUGGGUCUGGGACAUGCCGAAGACGAUGUGGGUGCCUGACUGGAUUCGGAAGUCAGAUGUUCCCGAGCAAGCUCAAGACACUGGCAAGAAGCGAAAGCGCAACGAUGACGAUGAUGACGAGGUUAGCAACGAUGAAGAUGAUGAGCAGACGGCCGCCAUCCUCACAGACAUCAUCAUGGCUCAUCUGAAGCGUACCAGACGUUCCAACUCUGAUGCUGCGGAUGACUCGGACGACGAAGCGACUCCUGCACCCGACAGCAUGUCAGUGGAGCUUUUGAUCUCUUCCCCUUCGCAUGCACCGCAGAAGCUGGUGAUUCGGCCUGAAGAUUACGCCUGA